AUGGCUACCCCUAGUGUCCUCGCUUUUGACGCUGAGGGUCGGGCCAUUGACUUUGACGUCUGGGUAGAUGAUCUGCAGCUUUUCCUACAGUGCGAUAGGGCAGACGGUCUCUCCCUCUUUGACCUCACCUCUGGUGCCUCUCCUGCCCUUGCUGCUGAUGCCGACGCCACUUACAAGAGUGCUCAGACGUUGUACGACGCUGUAGUUGCGCGCUACUCCUCCCCUGCCACUGCUGCACUGAGCCGCCUCAUGCUACCGUACCUCUUCCCUGACCUUGCUGCCUUUCCCACAGUCGCUGACCUCAUUACGCACCUCCGCACUAGUGACACUCGAUACCGCGCUGCGCUUCCUGCUAAGUUCUGCGCCAAGAACCUCCCCCCCAUGUACACCACCCUCUACUACAUAGUCACCCGGCUCCCUGACUCCCUUCGCGUAGUCAGGGACCACUUCCUCUCAGUUUGCCCCACUACUCUCACCGUUGACCUCCUUGAGAAGGCCCUCCUAGCGGCCGAGAAGAGCAUAGUCGCUGUAGGAGCCUCUCGUGGUGACCCUCGCACCCCCGUCUUUGAGGGGUGUUCCCUCUCCCCCUUUUGCCCUCUAUUGCCUCUGCUGCUGCGGCCAACCUCGUUGGUUUCGAGUUGGUCGGCGCUGCGUCUGCCCCGAGCGGGAGACGCCGCACUAGCAAGGGCAAGGGGGGCAAGGGUGCUGGAGGGGCUGGCGGGGGUGGCGGAGGUGGCGGUGGAGGCAGUGGAGGGGGUGGGGGUGGUGGUGGGAGUGGUGGCGGGGGUGGAGGUGUCGGUGGCGGCAGUGAAGGCGGAGGCGGCGGCGGCGGUGGCGGUGGGAGCGGAGGUGGCGGAGGUGGCGGCGGUGGAGGAGGCGGCGGCGGAGGAGGUGGAGCUGGUCAGGGUGGCGCUGCGCAGAGGGUCGGCUCCGGUGCGGGGUGGGGGUACUGGUCCGUGCACCUACGUCCUACACAGCGGCGACCGCGCGGGUGAGCAGUGCGGGGGUGCGCACUCCACCCACCGCUGCUUUGGCCGCCUGACGGACACUUGGCGUCACCAGUUCCCUGAGGCGACUAAGAUCCCCCGCUGGGGCGAGCUGUCUAGGGCGGGAGUAGCUGUCUUUGACCUUGACUUUGAUGCUAUUCUUGCUGCCAUAUAUGCUGUGACUAUCAGUGAUGAGGGUGACUGUUACCGGUGUUUUCCGUCCAACCCGGGCAUUGAGACUGCUGCUCUAGGUACUGGUGAGGCUGCUGCUCUAGGUGCUAGCGAGGCUGCUGCUCUAGGUGCUCGUGCGUCUGCUCCCUCAGGUGCUGGUGAGUCUGCUCUCUCAGGUGCUGCGUCGGCUUCAGCCUUCCACACCUUCUCCCUUGACUCGGGAGCUUCUCGCUCCUUCUUUCGAGACCGCACCACACUCACGCCGCUUGGCCGGCCAGUUGCAGUCUCUCAGGCAGACCCCUCUGGGGGUCUUGUCCUUGCUCACUUCUCCACUGUCCUCCCGUGUCCGGCGGCCCCCUCUGGCACCCUGUCUGGUCUUUACCUCCACUCGUUCUCUACGAACUUGGUGAGUGGUGCUGACCUACAGGAUGCGGGCGUUCACCAGUUCACUCCUGCAAGUCAGCGGGUGUGUCCCACGUAG